GCAGCUUCCGUUUUGCCAUCUUCCUGCUCCUUUUUCGGUUCUCUAUUUAUAGUCAUUGCGUUGCUCAGUAUUGAAUGUCGGCAUCGCAGAGGAUUUUCAGCUCUCUCAUCCUCCCUUCUCGUUCUCCUUCUUCCUCCGUCUUCAAAUCACCAACCUCCCUCUCCCUCCUCCUCCGCUAUUCUCCCUUCUGUUAUCUCUCCUUCUCUCGCUCCAUUUCCUGCUUCAUUAUGCCUCAGAACCAGGGAAAGCUUGGGCAUAGAGAGCAAAGGUGGAAAGAGAAGCCAGGAAAUGAGAUGACGCCUUUGGCCAUGGAAGGUGUAUCUGCAGUUGUUGCAGAAACAGUCACAAAUAAACUUGGUGGAUUGAGUAUUUCAGAGAAUGGCGGGCAAACUCAUCUUUCAUCUCAGCCCCUCCAAUUUGGGACUGGACAUUUGGCAAUGCAGGGUCCUGCACAAGGUGAGAAAACAAUUUGGAAACCAAAUUCCUAUGGAACUAUCAGUGGAGCCACAGCUGUAGGAGUUGAAAGUGUAUCUGCUGAGAAGGCAGAAGUAGCAAUCCAGGGCAGUGCAACUGAAACUGCAGGAACCAAAAGGAGCAUUGAUAGUUUGAGUAAAUUAUUCAAGGGAAAUCUGUUAGAAAAUUUCAAUGUUGAUAACUCGACAUAUACACUUGCCCAAAUUAGAGCGACUUUUUAUCCCAAAUUUGAAAAUGAAAAGUCUGACCAGGAGAUUAGGUUGCUCAUGAUAGAAAUGGUAUCUAAAGGCUUGGCUACUUUGGAGGUCUCACUUAAACACUCAGGAUCACUUUUUAUGUAUGCUGGUAACGAGGGUGGAGCAUAUGCUAAAAACAGCUUUGGAAAUAUAUACACUGCUGUUGGUGUUUUUGUUCUUGGGCGGAUGUUUCGUGAGGCAUGGGGUACCAAAGCUGCAGAGAAGCAAGCUGAGUUUAAUGAUUUUCUUGAGAAGAGUCGAAUGUGCAUAUCAAUGGAGCUGGUAACUGCAGUUCUAGGAGACCAUGGACAGCGUCCCAGAGAUGAUUAUGUGGUAGUGACAGCAGUUACAGAGUUAGGCAAUGGAAAGCCAAAAUUCUACUCAACCCCUCAAUUAAUUACAUUUUGUCGUAAAUGGCGCCUACCAACUAAUCAUGUCUGGUUAUUUUCAACUAGGAAGUCAGUGACAUCAUUUUUUGCUGCUUAUGAUGCACUCUGUGAAGAAGGAACCGCAACUUCUGUAUGCAAGGCUCUGGAUGAAGUUGCUGAUAUAUCCAUACCAGGUUCAAAAGAUCAUAUAAAUGUUCAGGGUGAAAUUUUGGAGGGUCUUGUGGCUCGAAUUGUAAGUCCUGAGAGUGUAAAACAUAUGGAGGAGGUCUUGAUAGAUUAUCCUCCUCCAACAGCUGAUGGCGCUGGCCUUGAUAUGGGACCCAGCUUAAGGGAAAUUUGUGCUGCAAAUAGGUCAGAUGAAAAACAGCAAAUAAAAGCUCUUCUCCAAAAUGUUGGUUCUUCCUUUUGUCCUGACCAUUUAGACUGGUAUGGAAAUGAAUCUGGGGAUGCACAUUCAAGAAAUGCAGACAGAUCAGUUCUUUCAAAAUUUUUACAAUCUCAUCCUGCUGAUUUUUCAACCACCAAGUUGCAGGAAAUGAUUCGUUUGAUGAGAGAAAAACGUUUUCCAGCUGCCUUCAAAUGUUACCAUAACUUCCAUAAAGUUGAUUCUGUUUCAAAUGACAACCUUUUUUAUAAAAUGGUCAUUCAUGUCCAUAGUGACUCAGCAUUUCGGCGGUAUCAAAAAGAGAUGAGGCACAAGCCAGGAUUGUGGCCGCUCUAUCGAGGUUUCUUUGUUGACAUUAACUUGUUCAAAGCAAGUAAAGAGAAGGUUGCUGAAAAAGUGAAAUGCAACAAUACUAAUGUAGGGAACUUUAAUGGUAGUGUUGCCAUAUCAGGAGAAGAUGAUUUAGCUGAUGAUGACAGACACCUAAUGAUCAAACUGAAAUUUCUUACGUAUAAGCUAAGAACCUUUCUGAUUCGCAAUGGCUUGUCAGUUCUUUUCAAGGAUGGUCCAGCUGCUUACAAGGCAUACUAUCUUAGGCAAAUGAAGAACUGGGGCACUUCAGCAGAAAAGCAAAGAGAACUCAGCAAGAUGCUGGAUGAAUGGGCUGUAUACAUAAGAAGGAAGUAUGGAAACAAACAACUGUCUUCAUCCACAUACCUUUCCGAAGCUGAGCCUUUCCUUGAACAGUAUGCCAAACGCAGUCCACAGAAUCAGGCUCUCAUAGGAUCUGCCGGGAACUUGAUAAGAACUGAAGAAUUCUCGGCCAUUGUUGAUGGAGGAGUUGAUGAAGAGGGUGAUCUUGCAACAGAGAGAGAGGCAGUACCAACAAGCCCUAUGCCCUCAGUUGUGGACACUAUUCAGAAACAUCAGGGUUUGAUUGUGUUUUUUCCUGGAAUACCUGGUUGUGCUAAGUCUGCUCUUUGCAAAGAAUUAUUAAAUGCUAGAGGUUUAGGAGGUGAUCGUCCAGUCCAGAAUUUGAUGGGUGAUCUUAUUAAAGGAAAAUAUUGGCAGAAGGUUGCUGAUGAGUGCAGGAGAACACCAUAUUCUAUAAUACUGGCAGACAAGAAUGCACCAAAUGAGGAAGUUUGGAGACAGAUUGAAAACAUGUGCCAUGGCACCAGAGCCUCUGCAGUCCCUGUUGUACCUGAUUCUGAAGGAACGGAUUCAAAUCCAUUUUCACUUGACGCAUUAGCUGUCUUCAUGUUCCGUGUGCUCCAACGAGUCAACCAUCCGGGUAAUCUUGACAAGUCAUCUCCAAAUGCUGGCUAUGUACUGCUGAUGUUUUAUCAACUUUAUGAGGGGAAGAGCCGGAAAGACUUUGAGGAUGAAUUGGUUGACCGCUUUGGCUCACUUGUCAAAAUGCCACUGCUAAAAUCAGAUAGGAGUCCUCUGCCUGAUCCUGUAAGGUCAAUUUUGGAAGAGGGAAUCAAUCUCUACAACCUUCACACAAGGACACAUGGAAGGUUGGAGUCCACCAAAGGUACAUAUACAAAGGAGUGGGCUGAAUGGGAAAAGCAAUUGCGUGAGACCUUGUUUGGCAAUGCUGAGUAUCUCAAUUCCAUCCAGGUUCAAUUUGACUUUGCUGUUCAGCAAGUACUGGAACAACUAAGAAAGAUAGCAAAAGGCGAGUACAUAGCACCCACCAUUGAGAGGAGGAAGCUUGGAACCAUUGCUUUUGCUGCUGUCAGUUUGCCAGAGGCAGAGAUCAGAAGUCUCCUCGAUAAGCUGGCUGAAAAGAACCUGAAGGUUAAAGCUUUUCUCGAAGAUAAACACAUGGAGGGCAGCCUUAAGAAGGCACAUGUGACUCUUGCUCACAAGAGAAGUCAUGGUGUUGCAGCUGUGGCUGGUUAUGGUGUCUUCCUCCAUCGCAAGGUACCAGUGGAACUGACUGCUCUUCUCUUCACAGAUAAAAUGGCUGCAUUCGAAGUCCAGCUUGGUUCUGUUGAUGAUGAAACAAUAGACUCAAAAAACCAGUGGCCCCAUGUUACCAUAUGGACAGGGGAAGGAGUUGCACCAAAGGAAGCCAACUUGUUGCCACAGUUGCUUUCAGAGGGGAAGGCAACUCAGGUCGAAAUCAACCCACCAGUCACUGUAUCAGGGCCGCUUGAAUUCUAUUGAGUAGUCUCUUCUUUCUCCUCUCCUUUAUUUGUUCUUUGUUUUAAUGGGAUGCUCAUGAAGAGGGAUGGCAUUGGGUUUAUGAGGGUAGGUUGUUGGGUUCCGAGGUCAUGAGAUUUUGCGGCUGCUAGGUAGAGAAAAUGCUGAGGCAAGAAGUAAUCUUUUGUUAGAAUAAAUAGAUUUGUCAAAUAGAAGGAAAUCUUUUGAAACAAUGCACUGAAUAAUGAAUGGCACAUAAUAGACAAAGGGGGUAGACAAUCCAUGGUUGAACUUUUUAUCAUAUAUAUAUAUAUAUAUAGUAAAAGAUUUAUGUUAAA